AUGUUCAAAAUACUUAUCCUCGUCGCCUGUUGCCUACUGGUUGCCGUGUCCGCCCAGUACUGGGGAGGAGAAGGAGGCUACGGUGGCGAAUACGAGGAUCAUCACCAUUCACACCCUAAAUAUAAGUACGAGUACGGGGUGAAAGAUCAUCAUACGGGAGACCACAAGAGUCAGUGGGAGCAUCGGGAUGGCGAUGUGGUCAAGGGCGGAUACACCCUGGAUGAAGCUGACGGUACCAAGCGAGUCGUUGAGUAUCACUCGGACAAACACCACGGUCUGCAGGCGCACGUGAAAAGAAUUGGCCAUGCUCACCAUCCUCAGGUUUACGGGCAUCACGGUGGUCAUUACGAGGGCCAUGGACAUGGUUCCGGGUAUAGCUACAGCAAUCUGCAUCAGCAUUUCUAAAAAGUU